ACGAGCUGCAGAUUUGGACGCUCUAUCCUACUUCCCGUCGUCUACAGCCUCUGAUCUGUCCGUCUGCUAUCUGAGCAUAUGGGGAGUCCGGCUGUCGCUCGGUUAUCGGCACAGCGUGGAGAGUCCGCCUGCCUCUCCAGUUAUCGGAAAAUGAUGGACUAUCAUUGAGACAGGCGCAGUUUGUCGCGCGGGCUCAGUCGGCCCGCGGAGCUCACUGUGAUCGGGAACUCCCAGAGGUGCAGCUUCGGUGGCCGGCUAUGGACCUGUGCGCACUCUGCUGCAUUCUGCUAUGGGGUUUCGUCGCUGCGCUGAGUACCGCGCUUCCUCUGGCACUACUGGACAUACAGCGACGAGGCUAUUCCAAGGCACUGACCUGGACACAGCUACUUAAAUUGUACGUUUUACUCAAGCUUGGCGAUAUCAAAACGUACCGGCUGCAUCGCAAGUUUGAAAGAGAUGUUCGUCAAUUUGAAAAGGCACAAUCCGAGUUCCUUCUGGAAAGGAUACGGCGCUGCAAAAACACAGCCUUCGGACGAGAUUAUCAUCUCCCCUCCUACAAAACCGUCGACGAAUUUCGACGCAGCUUCCCUGUGUGUGACUUCUCAAAUGUUGAAGAGUACAUAAACCGCAUGGCGAAUGGAGAAAAGAACGCAUUUCUCGGCGAUGAGGACGAGCUAGUUUUGUUCUCGGCGUCCUCCGGAACGACGGGCAAGAACAAAUUGAUACCGGUAACAGUUGAGGGGGCGAAGAGUCUUCAGGAUCAGGUCCUGUUCGGCGCCUAUCAGUGGGCCCUUCGUGAGCGGUUCCCGUGGGACCUGACGAGGAUCUUGACCGUAAAAAACAGUCCCCUCGUUCACAAGCCAACUAAGGCCGGUCACAAGGUGGGUGUCGUCUCCAGUGUUAUCUACUCCAAGCUGAAUGAGAUGACCACGCUGCUGACAACAACGCCGCCACUUAGUCUGCCAAUGAAGAACGAGUCUGUAUGUAACUACAUCCACGCCUUGUUCGGCCUUCGGGACAAGCACAUCUCUAUGAUCCGGAACGGAUACAUCUUCCAGUUUCUGACUCUGAUUCGUGGCAUCAAGAUGAACCAGAAGAGCCUCGUUGAAGAUAUACGCAGAGGACAGAUCAAAGAAGAUCUAGACAUCGAUGAAAAACUUCGCUCCGAAAUCAACGCCCACCUUUCUCCGAUGCCCGAAAGAGCAGCGGAGCUUGAGAAGGAAUUCGCCAAAGGUUUCGACGGCCUGAUUCCGAGAGUCUGGCCGAAAGUGACCCGUAUCAGCGGCAUCUGGUCGGGAAACACGAACGCCAUGUACUACAAAGAGGCCCGAGCCAUGCUGGGCCCCAACAUUCCCAUCUUCAGCUUCUCGCUGAUGGCCUCCGAGGGGUUUCUGGGCGCCAAUCUCGAGCUGACCCGACCCGGACCACCGCGUUACACGCUCAUCCCUGACGCGGUGUACUACGAGUUUCUGCCGAUCGUCGGAGACCACAUCCCCGAGCUGGCAGACAUCCGGCCGCAGGACCUGCUGCUCGGCCACCAGCUGGAGGUCGGAAAGGAGUACGAGAUGUUCAUCACGAACCCGUCCGGGCUGUUCCGCUACCGUCUAGGCGACGUCGUCAGGGUGGCGGGGUUCUACCAGCAGGCGCCGCAGGUGGAGUUCCUUUACAGGUCAGGUCAACUUCUGAACGUCUGCGGCGAGAAAAUGAUCGAGGAUGUGUUCUUUCGCGCGCUGGAGGACGCGGCUAAGCGCUGGCCGUCCACCCUGAAGGACUACACGGUGGCUAGCAGUCAGUUGGGACCGGCUGACCAGGACGAGCUCAGUCGCCGGUACCUGCUGUUCCUCGAGCUGGAGGGGGAACCACUGACAGCGGAGCAGGUGGUGCUGGUGGACCGGACACUUCAGGAGCAGUGCGAGGAGUACCGCGUGUUCCGGAGCACAGGCCGGCUGGGCGAGAUGGCCGUGUACCAGAUGCCGGUCGGCACGUUCGCCCGCUUCCAGGACCACCUGGUGAAGACCACGACCGUCUCGGCGGCCCAGUUCAAGAUGCCGCGUGUGCUGAAGAGCGCCGACCGCGUGCAGUGGUUCAUGGAGAAUGUCAGGGCGUAGACGAGUAGAUGGUUUUGUCAUUUGUGCCAUGUGGCUGUGAUCCGUGUAUAAUGUUAAUUACAGUGCUAUCGAUAGGUAUUGCAUAAGUUACGUCAAUGGGAACUAAAGUUGACACUUAUAUGUAUACAAUGUUUGAUAUGUUAUAGUUCGUCCAGAGGAAGCAAAGAUGCGUUUAAUAGGGCAAGGUCAGUGAUGGAAAGUGCUCAAAAUGAAAGCAGACAUUCGGCUAAAAUAUGGCAAAGCACAGACGACGGAAGCUUCAUAAAGUGCCCAUGAGAUAUUAAGGCUUGUAACAAAACAAGUUAAGCUUUAGAGUUAAAUGUGCCAAUGUAUUUUUGUGUGAUAUCAAUGUUGCAAUCGAGAGGUUUGUUUUGAGUUUUUGAGCUCCGUUGUCUCAGGAUAUUAGCCCUCGCCUAUGUACGGCGUUUUCAGCAUCUAACGUGUCGGUUGAACGUGUCGGAGUCGGUUGAACACCCCCUCCCUCGAAAAUAGAAAUUAUCUACUUCGUGGAA